GACACGGAAGUAAAAAUUUGGGAAGUCCUUGAUUUCGGUAAAUAUUGCUUUGGCUUGAUCAUUAGUCAAACAAAGCCCUCACGUGGGAAAUGGAAACAUGGCGACUCUUUGGCCAAGAAAACGAGGCCACUGCCGUGUUUUUCCCACCCAAAGACUAAUCAAACCUUACUCUUUUCUUUUCCCCGCAUCUAAUUCCUUAAUUUGAUCUUCUAUCAAUCAUAUGUUGAAGAAAAAACGAUGGCAAACUGUCCCGCCGUUCAUGGUGGCUACCCCUCCGAUUAUGUUGCUGUUUCCAUAGCCAUCUUCGCCGUGAUUCUACUUAUUGUGAGGUCAAGUUUCCCGUUUUUGAUACACAAAGUUCCAGGUGCAAGAGGCAGUGCCUUUUGGAUUCCAGUCAUUCAAGUUGUUGCCAGCUUCAACUUCCUGUUAUCGCUUGUGAUGGCUGGGAAUUUCCUCAAGUACAAAAAGAGCCACUGGUGGUUGUCUUGCUAUGUUUGGGCAGUAUGGGUUGAAGGUCCACUUGGAUUUGGUUUGUUGAUGAGCUGCCGCAUAGCACAGGCCUUUCAACUAUACUAUGCAUUUGUCAAGAGGCGUUUACCACCAGUCAGAUCUCAUAUUUUUCUUCCACUAAUUGUCUUGCCAUGGAUCGCCGGUGCUGCAAUUAUUCAUGUGAAGAAGCCUCUCAAUUGCAGAUGUCACCUGCAAACUUACUGGGUAAUAGCUGUAAUGUGUCUCCACGCGUUGUAUGUAGCUGCUUUGGUUGGGUUCACUGGGGCAAUUCGGCAUAUAGAGUUCAGGUUUGAUGAACUCAAAGACCUGUGGCAAGGAAUACUUGUCUCAGCCUCACUAAUUGGACUUUGGGUUUCAGCUUACAUCUUGAAUGAAAUUCAUGAUAAUAUCUCAUGGCUUCAAGUCACCUCCCGAUUUAUCCUUUUAUUUACGGCAAGCAUUCUUGUACUGGUUUUCUUUUCCAUAUCAAUUUCUCAGCCUCUGCUCACACAAAUCAGCUUCAUAAAAAGGGAACCUAUAGAAUUCAAAACAAUGUGUCAAGCUCUGGGGAUACCAGAUAGCGGACUGCUAUUGCAUAGAGAACAAGCUGUUGUCAUCGAUCCUAAUGAACCAUUGGAUAAGCUUCUUACUCACAAAAGGUUCCGUCAGUCUUUUAUGGCAUUUGCAGACAGUUGUUUGGCUGGGGAAAGCGUGCAUUUCUUUGAAGAGGUGCAUGAGCUUGGCAAAAUUCCGAUAGAUGACCCUGUAAGAAGGAUCUACAUGGCAAGACAUAUUAUUAAUAAAUACAUAAUUGCAGGUUCAGCAAUGGAAGUUAACAUAUCUCAUAGAAGCCGGCAAGCGAUUUUAUCCACCACUGAUCUAACACAUCCUGAUCUCUUUAUCAAUGCACUAAAUGAACUUAUACAGUUGAUGAAAAUGAACUUGGCAAAAGAUUACUGGUCAUCCAUGUACUUCCUCAAACUCAAAGAUGAAACCAGUGUGAGAUCUAACGGCUAUGAAAUGGAACAGAUGAGUGGAGCAUAUAGUUUCUCACCCAGGUUGAGUUGUGUUAAUGCUUUUGAUGAUCCCUUUCACCAGGACCAUUUUUCAAGUGGCUCAAGCCAAGAUGUUCAUCAUCCCUACCAAUAAUGGAAGAUUUAGGAACCGUAGGCCCAAAUGACCUAAUAGGAUCCAGAUCUCCGACACGGAAGAAGAAUGUUCGCCUACAGGCAUAGUUCGCUGGGGACCCACCCUGUUGGAAUGCUAGAUGUUCACAAAGAUAACUUGCACGGGAAGCUCACGAGGAGAGCUCGCAUAAGUCUCGCAAGAAUGAGGUCGUGAGUUAUGUCCACAGAAGAGAUCGCGAGCCUUGCAAGGGAUCUCCGCUCGUGACUAGCAGGUACGAGGCUCGUUGGAGAAGUCAGUCCUAAGAUAAAAAAGGACCGCGUGCUCUGCAGACACACGUCCAAUAAGCCAAGGGAUGCCUAAGGAAUGUCAGUACCAUCGACCCCAAUACUGAGACAAAAUAGUGAGUACUAUUGUAAGCUGUAAUAGUAGCAGUAGGAACAUGUAUAAAUACGUCUAUGUUUCCCUUAAUACGAUACGAAACAAAUAUUACUCAACAAUUGGUGCGGUGUGCGUUGACUUCACCAACCUGAUCAAGGCAUGCCCCAAGGAUAGCUUCCUCUUGCCGUUGAUAGAUCUCCUGGUUGGCGCCUCCGCUGGGCACAAGUUUAUGAGCUUCAUGAAUGCUUUUUUGGGCUACAAUCAGAUCCUGUUGGACCGUGAUGACCAAGAAAAGACAACUUUCAUCACCGAAGAGGGUCUCUUCUGUCAUUGGGUCAUGUCAUUUGGACUAAAAAACGCGGGUGCAACUUAUCGAAGGUUGGUAAACAGGAUAUUCAAGGA